AUGUCAACGCAAGCACUCGCAUUGGAGAAGCUUGGCCAAUCUGUCAACAUGGACGUCUUUCAAGAACUCCUCGACCUUGACUCACCAAGCGAGAUGUUCAGCAAGGAUAUCGUCUGUGAAUAUCUAGUCAUGGCUCCAGAGACGUUAAGCACCAUGAAUGAUAGCCUCAUUCACGUAAAUCUAUCACGACUUAACACAAGUGCACAAUCCCUUCGUUGCGCGUCCCUGGUCUUGGGCCUCACACGCAUCGAGAAGGCAUGCGCACGGAUAGAGGUCAUUCUCAAUCUCUGUAUCGACCUUCACUACAGUGGCUUUGCCCUAGAUCAAAUCUGUGACGCCCUCGCCUACGUUGUCAAGGAUGCACGUAUGCAUUUCGAACUGGCAAGAACGGCAUUUUCUUUAUUCUACGACUUGCCAUUACUCUCCCCACGAGAAGACGCUUCCGACACAUCGUUUGACAGCAUGACGUUGUGA